AUGCCGAAUCGAUCCACCAACAACAAUGGAGCCAGCACUUCACAAUCAAACCAGAAUGGUUUCAAAAAACCAAAACCAGAAGUAGAGGAUGACGGAUAUGAACAAAAUCAUCAAGUGAGUUGCAAGAUACAAAUCUAAAUAGUUGUCCGAAAAAUCGAUUUUUGGCCAAAGGCCUAGAAAUGUCGGGAAAACUCGGCCAAGACAACAAACACGCGCUAUUGUUUUGAGGAUGUGAAGAGUCUUGGCCGAGUUGGCGAUAUUUCUAGGCCAUGUCUAGAUUUUUCAAAAUAAAAACAUGAUAGAACAUUGAUUUUCAGAUGCCUGGUCCAUCUCACUCAUCUUCCGCCACAACUGCCAAAAAAUCAAGUCCAAAUGCCAAAGUUUCUAUGUUGGCUGUUGUCAAAGAAGAAGUUGUGAGUUUUAAUAUUUACCACAAAAAGACAACAGAAAAUUGAAAAUUCUUAUUUUGAGCAAACGGAAAUUGUGAAUUUCAUUUUGUAAUCCUAAAUUAAAAUUUUCAAAAUUUAGGAUAAUUUAACCCAUUUUUCUGCAACACAAUAAUAUAAAAAUUUGAUUUUCAGACAGAAGAUCAACCGAGCUCGUCGACCACCAAGAAUCGUCAAUCUGAAACCUCCGCCACUUCUGCAUCUGAUAAAAAACCAGCUCCAAGACCGAUUGUGAAAUUAAGAGAAGUUAAAAAGGAAGAGCCGGAAGAAGCACCGCAAGCUUGUGAUGAUGCUGCAAAAACUCCGAAAAAUGAAGAACCUGAAAAUGCUCAACGUAAUCGAGUUGUUCGAACUAGACGCCAAAGAGUUAUUGUAAGUUAUUAUAUUUAUAUUAUUUGUUUUGAAGUAAAUAUAUUUUCAGAAUCCAAAUGAGCCGCUUCGCCGCUCUUUGCGAAUUCAACGUCGGAAUCGUACAAUUAUCCCUGAUCAGGAACACGAGCCGGCAGCAAUGCCCAGUUCCAGAGCCCGUCGGGAAAUGCGCAAAUUGGAGAUUGACAGCGCGCAUUUUUUCUAA